GCUCAGUCUGCACGCGGUCAAACUCCUCCGCCGCAGGAUCGUGGAACAGGCCGUUGCCCGCUAUGACAUCCCCCACCGUUAACGUCGUUCGUUACUCUGCUCUGGUUGCCGGUAUAUUCUACGGCAUAGCCCACCGCCGAACGCUGCAGAAAGCACACGACGAGGAGAAGAUUCACCACGCGAUUCACGACAGGGAACACUUAAUAAAGGAAGCCAAGGCUGCGUGGAAGAAGCAGCAGGAGAGCAAGAAAAGCGGAAGCGGGGUUGUCACAGAUCCGGAGGACCCCAACUUCGACCUCGAGAAGCUCUUCGCCAAGUGGGAAGCCGAGGCGCGAUAGACUUCAUACUGUCAUUCUCGUCGUUCAUGCACUAUUAAUAAUUGUUUCCCCUGUUGCAUUGAUCGAAUAACUUUCGCUUGCCC